ACGACCUUUCAUGCUUCGACCGCCAUAUCAGCUCUUGCAACGCCCGGCGAGCGCCACGGCCGUGCUUUCAAGCGCUUAACGGAACGACUAGUUUGCCAUGCGACGGAUAGGCUUAGUGGGCAUGGCUGUGGCCACGGUGGCGAAGGCGCGCGUGGCGUGGGUCGUGGGUCGCCCUGGAGAAGACCUGUCGAUGGAACCGCAGAGGUUGCCAUACGCCGACGACGAAGCGACCGCCGCGACGAGUCCAUCCAAGAUGCGCCCCGAUGGGUAUGCCCAAUGUCGUUGGCACGUUCCUGGAGCGAUGCGACCCGCGCUCGAUUUGGACGUCACCCACGACACUUCUGUAGCCGAUUCCAUGUGCUUUCCCAAUGUGUUUGCCAGCAAAUCGAGCUUGUAUUUUCCAUACCCCCAGAGCAGCUACCACUACGAUCUGGACAACGUCGUGUAUACCCCCGAAGGUGGCCCAAACCCUCACGUGCGUGUCGAAGUUACCACUGCCAUGAGCGACAUCGGCUCGAGCCCCACGGUCACGCGUGGCGCGUACGGGUUCAAGGAUUUUGAGACGCAUGGACCCGACAUCUUGUACGACCAAGUGCCUCAGUCCCCCGGCGUGUAUCAAGUCACUUUGACCGCGUACGACUUUGAAGACGCCGUCGCGGGACCGAUCGAAUCCAAACCCUGCUCGACGUGCCUGUCGGUGACGGAUCGAUUUCGACCGACAAACACCAAGCCAGCCGACUGUCAAGACAAGCCCGCCCAAGUGUACGCAAAGCGUGCUUUGGAUGCGUACAUAGCGCAGGUCGAAGAGCUCGUCCUGUAUCGACAAACGGCCGCCAACAACGCGUGCAGCGACGCUCGGUGCGACGAAGUCUUUGUGGAGCGCACCGAGUUGUUCCAGCUCCAGCAUACGUACAAGAACGAUGGCGAUUCCGCCGUGCCGGACAAGCUCGAUCACUGGCUCGACUGCCUCUCCAGGCCUCUAUCGCCAGCCGAACGCACUCGGCUGUCGAUGAAUCCAAUCCAAGCGGACGGCCGAGUCCAGUACGCUGACGGCACGGCGACGCCGCCAGUUUGUGCCCGGACGUGCGCGUACAGCGUGAGCCUGCGCGAGUACUACACGCCUUACGAGUGUCCAUCCGACUCGGGCCAGCACAACCACCGCCGAGUGUGCCAAGGCUCGAUCGAUCCGGCAGGGUUCGACACUGAAAAGUGUGCUUUCUCCCAGACGCUGGUCUUGAAUGGCCCCACGCUGUCCCCCACGGCAACCGUGAAUCUGCAAAACGAGAUCAGUGGUUUGGGAAAUAGUGUGACGCUCCUCCGCAACCUCGAUCGGAUUUUUCCAGGCGCCAACUACCCCGAGCCGCUAAAUCGGUACAAAGAGCUCCACUUCGACGUGCGGUGCGACAAGACGUCCCCUUCGUUUGCAUCGUUUUGCCACGACAAGUUCCAGAUCAAACUGAGUGCACUCUUUGAACUUUCCAGCGAUCUGAACGCCGAUCCGAGCGUGCAGGGGCUGCUCCACGGCCUCCCGUCGUCGCAAAUCGUGUUCUGGCGUGUUCGCCAAACCGAAUCCGGGGCCUGGCACCGCAUCGUCGACAACGAGCUGGACGAUGUCAACGGCCGGCUCUCGUUUCCCCGAUUCGAGACCAAGCUCACUUUUGAAGCGCACUCGGCUUGCGGACAUGUCCAAACAGUCGUGUGGACGAUCUUUGUGCACCGCACCGAGGCUCUCGUGCCCAACACGUGGUGGAAUAGCUUGUGGGCGUGCGGGGCGAAUGCGUGCACAGUCGCCAAGUCGGACUUUCGUGUGUGCAAGUUUGAGUUCAGCUCGACGGCGGCAGCGUACAAGGAGAUGCUGCGGCCCUCUCCAGUGUCCCUGACACCCAAGACGCGCGGUGGCCGUGUCACGUUCAACACGUUCGCCCGAGGCACAGCAUGCCGCGGGGAACCCGAGACGUACUUGACGCUGCACGAAGGCGCGUGCUACAAGUACGACGAUAUUUGCAGUCACUUCGACCAAUGCAAAGGCAAGGGACAGGUCCGCAGCAUAUCGGUCCAGCUGUGUCGCAAAACCAAGACGGCGUUCGUGAGUUACUUUCACGCUCCGUGGUGCGACGAAAGACGAGCGGCGCCGGAGAAGGUGCCCAGACUGUGCAACACGUGCGAUGCCAGCAACGGGUGCUUGGAGGAGGCCGAGUGCUACUUUGGCCCCACGGAGACCCCCGAGUCCCCGCCGAUGCCGCCUGUCGCCACCUCUGUCGAUGUCAAAAUCCACUGGGGCUUCCACGGUUUCCACUGUUGGUGGGAGUACGACAACUCCACCCCGACUCCGUCCUUCUGGCUCGACACGAACGCCGAGAUGAGCCAAGUUCCGAUCAAAGUCGACCUCGCCCUCACGGCCUUGCCCGACACGCCGUGGACCGGACUCACUGUCACGUGUAACCUUGACUUUUCAACAAUGACGGGCGUCUCGAAGACCGUCACCAUGUCCAAGCGAUUCGGAGUUGAGCGGUGCGAAGAGCCGUGGGCUGCCGACACGGCCAAGCGCAUUCGACACACGUGCGACAAAGUCGCGUGGUACGAAGGCCGCCAGCGACAGCCGGCGCCGUUCCAGGCGUGCGGUGGCGCCACUGUCUUCCCAAUCACGACGGCCAAGUCGGCGGCGAUAGCGACGCAGUUCUUGGACGUGGGCGAGCUCACGUGUUGCAAUGACAGGAUGCUCGACUACCAGUACACAUGCCGUCCCUUUCAUCGGAACUUGAGCAUCAAGCGGUGCUCGCCUGCAUCCUAAGCCAACGGUUGUAUGUGCCGUACUCUCUAUGUAUGUAAUUCGACUUAUUCCAUCUCCGUCACCG